AUGACGGGCGUGAUCGAGGCGCUGCACAUCUAUGAUGAGCACAACCGCGCCAUCCUCUCGCAUACCUACAGCUCCCGCCCGCUCUCGGCCGCUCACCUGCUGCCGCUCUACCUCGACCACCCGCCACCACGCCCAAACUUGAUCUAUCUGCCCAACACCAACCCUCCAACCCUCGUCUUCAGCCUCACCCACAAUAACCUGCUGUACCUGGCCACCUCGUCUGCCGAGAUCGAGCCGCUGCUGGUCCUCGAGUUCCUUCACCGCAUCAUCGAUGCCCUCGAGGAGUUUCUCGGCGCCCCUGUCCUCGCCCACAAGAUCGAGGCCAACUACGAUGUCGUGGCCCAGCUGCUGACCGAGAUGUGCGAUGCUGGCACCGUCAGCACCACAGAGCCCAACGCGCUGCGAGAUGUCGUCGAGGUUGAGGGCAUCUUGGGCAAGCUGCUUGGCAGUCUCAGUCUACCAGGCAAGCCAGCCUUGACGCCAAGUCUCAGCAGCCCGAGCACGCCGUCAUUGCUGGCACAAAAUGCCCCGGCGUUGCCCUGGAGGCGAGCUAACGUGCGGCAUACCUCCAACGAAUUGUAUGCCGAUCUGGUCGAGACAUUGACCGUCACGUUGGCCCCUUCGGGCCGGCCUAUUGCAGCCUUUGCGAACGGUACCAUUGCCUUUACGUCAAAGGUGUCCGGGGUUCCUGAUAUAACCAUGAGCCUGACCGGGCCGUCGGGAAAGCAUAAUCUGGGAAGCGUCAUGGAGCUGCCAGUCUUUCACCCUUGUGUGCGACUGAACCGAUGGCGGGACAGCCCAGGCGACCUCAGCUUUAUUCCACCCGAUGGGCGCUUCAUUCUGGCUGGUUACGAAGUAGACUUGCUUCCUUUUACUAACGGAAAGAGCGGAAACCUCGGUGCAAACAACCUGAAACUUCCCGUGGGCAUUGAAGUCAAGACAGGCCUGGGACCUACAGGCUCCGAUUUCGAUGUGAGACUCAACGUCAACAGGAUUCCCGGAACCACAAGCUCGUUCGGCCCAUCCAGUCGCGGCGGGUCAUCUGGAGGCAGGGCCUUCGGUGGGCCGCACACGGGCACGGCUGCGUCUCCUUCACUUCACGACGUCAUCGUCACGGUGCCGCUGCCCUCAGACGUUAGGAAUCUCUCCGAUGUACGGCCAAGCAAGGGUGACGCCACCUACAACCCAGGGGACAAGGCUUUGGAAUGGCAUAUCCCACGGAAAGAACUUUCUUCCGGGGCCUCAUAUUUCAGUCUCAAAGCAACUGUUCUAGGAGCCUUCACGGAUGACAACGAGGACGACGAUCCGACGGGGUUUGGCUUCGGCAAGGACUAUUCGUAUGAUGAACCAUACCAGAGUACCCCUGAACCUAAAGCAGUGCAGACCAAAGACACGGAAGACGAGAAAGACGCGAAGAAGGCUGCACAGAAUAAGAUUCUGAUGCCCAGCUCUGCGUCGGUCAGUUUCUCCGUCAAGGGAUGGGUGCCAAGUGGAGUGAAGAUCGAGAGCAUCGUGGUGGACACAAAGAGGAGUCGGGGUCUCGGCGAGGGGGUGAAGCCAUACAAAGGCGUCAAGUAUUUGACCAUCAGCAAAGGCGGCGUUGAGAUACGGUGUUAG